AUGAAUGAUAAUUACAGUGAUUUGCAGUAUAGAGAUGAAUUAGAUUUAAUAAACAGAUUCAUUCAUAAAUUAAAAUGUCUAUAUCAUCAAAUGACACCUUUGACAAAACUGUUGGAGUUACUUAGAUCUGAAUUUCCUCAGAUGUUCAAUCUAAACAAUGAUUUAAUACUCAACCAAAAUUUACAACAAUUGAUUUAUGCAAAUGUUGUAAAAGAUAGAGAUAGACCAACAAAACAAUAUUGUUCUAAAUUUAUAAAGUUACUCAUUGAAAUAUUGGAGAGAUAUGAUAAGGAGAUAAAUGAAGAACUAUUGGAUCUAUUGAUGUCCGAUUAUGUCGGUGGUGGAGCAUCAGAACACAAUGAUGAUGACGACGAUGAUAAUGAUAAAAAAGAAUAUAUAUACAAGUCAUACUAUAUCGACAAUCAAAAGUGGGUAACUCUUAAGAAUGAAGCAAUCUACAACUUGGUUGGAAUGACCACAUGGGGUGCUGCUUAUCUACUUUCCGAUUUCAUAUUGGCAAACAAACAACUAUUUAAUGAAAAGACUAUUUUGGAGUUGGGUGCUGGAACCGGUUUGAUUGGACUUGUGUUGGAUCAAGUCAAUUCAAAAUCUGUACUUCUAACUGACUACUCUCCAGUUGUUUUAGAUAAUUUAAAAUAUAAUAUUGAAAAUAAUGGAAUUAAAAUUCAAGAUUUAAUUAAUGUUGAAUAUGGAGAUGAACAACUACAACAAAAUCUGGAAAAUGGAGAUGAUACUAAAUUUAAAGUUAUGACAUUCGAUUGGGAAGCAAAUUUGGAUGAUAAACAAUGUGAAGCAUUUCAAUCCGAUAUUAUAUUGGGUGCGGAUAUUGUCUAUGAUCCAUCGCUGUGUAAAUAUUUGGUAGCAGUACUUCACCGAUUGUGUAUGAAGAAUCCGUCGACCGUCGCCUACAUUGCAUCUACAAUUAGAAAUCAACAAACAUUCAGCACUUUCCAACAGGAGCUACAAUCACACAACUUCAACAUCACAGAAAUCAAUUAUACACCCGACAAUUUCGUUCAUCCAUCACCAUAUAUCUACGAUUAUACACAAAUAGUUUUAUAUAAAAUAACAUUAAAAUAA